AUGCACAAGGACUUGCAAGAAAGCAUUCAAUUGCACGGUCUGUACGCCGCUACGGGUGAUCAACGUGCACAGCCGACAAACGAUAUCCUGGAGGAUGUCGAUGAUGCCAGACUGGAGAAGGGCAUCCGCUCGGUAAAUACUACACCGAAAAUCGUGCUACACGACGGCAAGAGAGUGACAGUCCCCGGCGUUAAACCCCAUAAUGUAUCCGAAACCUCUGAACGUCUCGACACAGAUACAGUGUUUAUUGUCGGCUUCGAUGGUCCCGAUGACCAACUAAAUCCCAAAAACUGGUCCACGGGACGGAAAUGGCGGACACUGGGCAUUGUUGGUACUACGGGUAUGCUGGUCGGAUGGGCUUCAUCGAUCGAUUCGACUGUGAUCAAACAAGGACAGGAGGAAUAUGGAGUCAGUGAGGUCGUCGAGUCUCUAGCAACAGCGCUUUUCCUGAUUGCUUUUGGCGUCGGCUCUCUUGUGGCUGCACCCUUUUCUGAGACUGUUGGACGAAACCCGGUUUACAUCGUUACAUUGUUCAUUCUUAUGAUUUUUACAAUGGCAUCAGGGCUUGCACCAAAUCUUGGAGCCCAACUUGCUUUUCGUUUCCUGGCCGGACUGUUUGGCUGUACGCCAAUGACCACCUUUGGCGGCAGUAUGUCCGACAUUUUUGACCCCAUCGAGCGAACAUAUGCCUUUCCAAUUUGCUGCACACUGUCAUUCCUCGGGCCUUUUCUUGCCCCGAUGGUUGGGGCCUUUAUUGGCCAAAGCACGCACAUCAGCUGGCGCUGGACUGAAUGGUGCACGAUGAUCAUGGCUGCGCUAGUGACAUCUGCCAUCUUCCUUUUUGUUCCAGAAACCUAUGGACCAGUACUCCUGGAAUGGAAAGCCAAACACCUGCGUGAAAUCACGGGUGAUCAGCGUUUUGUGGCGGAGUUCGAACUACGACAGACAUCGCUCUUCACUCGGCUGAUGCACAGCUGCUCCCGGCCUUUCGAAUUGUUCUUUAGAGAAAUCAUGGUGGCGCUCUUUACCAUUUAUCUCGUCGUCGUCUAUAUUGUUCUUUUUGGAUUCUUGACGGGCUACGAGUUCAUCUUUGGCGACACAUAUGGCUUCGACCAGGGGUCCGUGGGAUUGACGUUCAUUGGCAUGAACGUAGGUUUCCUAUUUGCAUUUGCCCUAGUGCCUCAUAUCUACUUCGCAUACAAGAAGAGACUGUCGAAAGCCAUUGCAAACGGGGAAAAGAGCCUUCCACCCGAGGAGCGGCUUUGGUUCGCUAUGUACGGUGCUCCUUGGUUGCCAAUCUCUCUCUUCUGGAUGGGUUGGACUAGCUAUCCCUCGGUUUCCUACUGGUCGCCUUUGAUAGCCUCGGUGGCUUUCGGAUUCUCCGUCCAGGGAAUAUUCAUAUCCACAUACCAGUAUCUUAUCGACACGUAUGAACUUUUCGCAGCCAGUGCCCUGGUGAGCGCCACUUUCUUCCGCUACAUCGCUGCUGGUGCUAUGGUCGUCGUGUCAAUCCCAAUGUACAGCAAUUUGGGUGUGCAUUGGUCUCUCACGUUGUUAGGAUGUAUCUCCGCGUUGAUGACACCUGUUCCAUUUGUUUUCUAUAAAUAUGGGCAUUUGAUUCGACAGCGGAAUAGGAAGAGGAGUUGA